AGAACCGAACGGUUGUUUGAUUCGCAUUGUUGCAAGCCCCAAACACACAACUUUUUUUUAUAGACUUGCAAUUGAUCGACGACGAUGAAUACGUUGGCAUUGAUUGCGUUCGCCUUGUGGGCGCUUUUCAUGCGCUACUUGCCGCACAUUUUGCGCUUCUUGCAGCUGCAACGAUUUAGCAAAACCUUGCCGGGUCCCAGCAUUGGCGAGCUAAUAGCGAAUGUCAAAAAGGGUGAGAUCCUCAAUUGGCUGAAAGAGUUGCGAGAGCGACAUGGUCCGGUAUUUCGCAUUUGGUUCGGCAAGGAUCUGAUGGUGUUCUUCACCACGCCCGAGGACAUUAAACAGCUGCUGGGCAACAAUUCGCUGCUGCAAAAGUCACGCAACUACGAGUUAGUCCAGCCCUGGUUGGGCAAAGGUCUUCUCACCAACGGCGGAGAAUCUUGGCAUCGUCGUCGCAAGCUCUUGACACCUGCGUUUCAUUUUCGCAUACUCAGCGAAUUCAAGGAGCCCAUGGAGGAGAAUUGUCGCAUCCUUGUGAGUCGAUUGAAGCAGCAUGCCACAGAUGGCAAACCCUUUGAUAUCUAUCCGUACAUCACGCUCUUUGCCCUCGAUGCCAUCUGUGAGACGGCGAUGGGCAUCAAGAAGCACGCUCAAAUGCAAAGCGAUUCGGAAUAUGUGCGUGCGGUGCAAACCAUAUGCCACAUCUUACAUCGCCAGAGUUUCUCGUUCUGGCAGCGUUUCAAUGUGCUCUUCCGCUUCUCGGAAGCGGGUCGCACACGCAACGCCGCCUUGAAGGUGCUGCACGAGGAAACCUAUCGUGUGAUCAACAUGCGACGCAAGCAGUUGCAGGAGCAGCAACUCAAGGAGGAGGAACAAAAGUCUGCCUCGGAGGCAGACAAUGAUGUCGGGGGCAAGCGACGUUUGGCCUUCCUGGAUAUGCUGCUGCUGUCACAGCUUGAAGGAGGCGGCUCCGAGUUGAGCGAUGUCGAUAUACGCGAAGAGGUCGACACGUUCAUGUUUGAGGGACACGACACCACGAGUUCGGCCAUCGCAUUCGCCAUCAGUUUGCUGUCGAAGCACGCGGCUGUCCAGCAACGUGUCUACGAAGAGGCCGUCGAGCUGGAGGGCAGGGAAAAGGAAUCGAUGCCGUAUCUCGAGGCGGUAAUCAAGGAGACGUUGCGUCUGUAUCCCUCGGUGCCGUUCUUUUCACGUAAAGUCCACGAGGACUUGAGUGUCGGCAAGCUCACGAUACCCAAAGGGGCUUCGGUCAGCUGUCUCAUCUAUAUGCUGCAUCGCGAUCCUGUCAGUUUUCCCGAUCCCGAACGCUUCGAUCCCGAUCGUUUCUAUCUCAACGAACAGCAACUGCAUCCGUUUGCCUUUGCCGCCUUUAGCGCUGGACCGCGAAAUUGUAUUGGGCAAAAGUUUGCCAUGCUCGAGCUGAAAUGUUCGCUCUCGAUGCUGUUGCGUCAUUAUCAAUUCCUGCCCGUUGCCGAUCAUCAGCCCAAUCCUUUGGCCGAGCUCGUCAUGAAGAGCGGCAAUGGCAUCAAAGUCUGCAUCAAGGCGCGCAGUUAAGCUAAGCACAUAAAUCACACGACUUGAAUCUUUUCCAGUAUCGGACAAAAAUCGUAUAACUAGCUAACAAAUGUACUUUAAUUCCAAUUUUUUUGUUGUUUAUGUUAAGUAAGCGAAAUAAAUAAUUAACAAUUA